ACACAGCACUUCUUAUAGUGACAAGAAGAUCAGAAAACAAAGAAACUGAAAAACUAGAAGAAAAAAAAAACAUGGAGAACAAAGAAAAUGGUGAUGUUCUUGAUCCAAAACAAUCUCAAGUAAAAUAUACAGGAUGGAAAGCCAUGCCUUAUGUUAUAGGAAACGAGGCAUUUGAGAAGCUAGGAACUAUCGGCACACUAUCAAACCUCUUGGUUUAUUUGACAACCAUUUAUCAUUUCAAGAGUGUUUCGGCAGCUUUAAUUCUUAAUGUCUUUUCCGGCACGACGAACUUGGCUCCUGUUUUAGGCGCUUUUAUUUGCGAUACUUAUUUAGGUCGCUUUACCAUUUUGGGAAUCGCUUCAAUUGCUUCACUCAUUGGGAUGACAAUACUAACACUUACAGCCGGAAUCAAGAACUUCCACCCCCGGCAAUGCACACAAGGCCAACCAUGCGAAAGCGCUGUAUUAUCACAACUAGCAAUACUAUUCUCUGGCUUCACCUUUUUGGUAAUCGGGGCCGGUGGCAUUCGGCCUUGCAACCUCGCCUUCGGGGCCGAUCAAUUCGACCCGAAGACCGAGUCCGGCAAGCGAGGCAUAAACAGUUUCUUCAAUUGGUACUACUUCACUUUCACAAUUGCAGUGAUGAUAUCUUCAACAGUAAUUAUUUACAUACAAAGUGAAAUCAGUUGGACACUUGGGUUGGCAAUUCCUGCUGUGCUCAUGUUCACAUCAGUUUGUUUCUUUUUUAUGGGAUCAAGAAUUUAUGUUAAGGUUAGACCUGAAGGAAGUCCUUUUACAAGCGUUGCACAAGUUUUGGUUGCUUCUUUUAAGAAAAGAAAAUUGGUGGUACCUUUUGACCCUUCUUCUCUCUUCAAUCCUCCUCAUAAAAGUCUUCUCAACUCCAAACUACCUCACAGUGAUCAGUUCAGAUUCUUCGACAAGGCUGCAAUUAUAAUUUCUACCGAUGAAAUAAAAGCCAAUGGCACAUCAUCGAAUCCAUGGAAACUAUGCACAUUACAACAAGUCGAAGAAGUGAAAUGCAUAGCAAGAAUAAUCCCGGUAUGGUCUACCGGCAUAAUCUACUACACUGCAGUAGUGCAACAAUCAACCUAUGUUGUCUACCAAGCAAUGCAAUCAGACCGGCAUUUCUUCGGCAAGAACUUCGAAAUUCCAGCUGCAUCUUUCUCCGUAUUCACAAUGUUCGCCGUAACGAUAUGGAUACCGAUAUAUGACCGUCUCAUCAUCCCUUGUUUCCGAAGAAUCACCAGCCAAGAAGGCGGCAUCACGUUACUGCAAAGAAUGGGAGUAGGCCUGAUACUCGGUAUCACGGCAAUGCUUGUAUCAGGAUUAGUAGAACAAAUGCGACGAAGCCACACAAGUAUUGAUCAUGCAUUGCCGAGAACAUCGAAUGGAUACAUUAUCAGUUCGAUGUCGUCGUUUUGGUUGAUACCUCAAUUGGUGAUUUUAGGAUUGUCUGAGGCAUUCAAUGCAAUUGGGCAAAUUGAGUUUUACUAUAAACAAUUUCCUGAGAACAUGAGGAGUGUUGCAGGAUCAUUGUUUUUCUUGAGCAUGGCAUUGUCUAAUUACUUGAGUGGCUUCAUUAUUUUGAUGGUUCACAGGAUGACUGGAAAAGGAAAUGGUGAGAAUUGGUUGUCUGGUGAUCUUAACAGAGGGAAGCUUGAUUAUUUUUACUUCUUGAUUGCUGUUCUUGGGGUGGUUAAUUUCAUGGUUUUUAUUGUUUGUGCUAAGUGGUAUAGGUACAAAGGGUUUGAAGAUGUUCAAAGUGAAGUUGAACUGAAGGAUGAGAAAAAUCAUGGUUCUGUAGUUUGAAAAGUUUUUAUUAGUAUGUAAUACCAAUAAUAAAACAAGUUAUAUAUGUAUGUAUUUUAGUAUGUUUGUUUAUAUAUCACAGGCAUGUAUAAUGUUUAUUUA